AUGGCCCAACCGAAAAAAAUCAAAUUAGGGGAUACAGAUUUUGAAAAAACCGUAAUGGCAUGGUACAACGAAUUAGAGGAGGAAACGGAGCCUGCUGUUGAUUUUAGCGACGACAGUUGGCCAGAUGACGAGGAAAAUAAUGAAGAAGAAUGUAUUAUAUCGGAACAUGAAUCAGAUCAAGAUAGUGACGAUAAACUUGAAGAAGAAGAAGUGAAGUGA